AUGGAGACCGGGCGCCGCACACCCGCCGCAGGCCGCCUCCUCAGCACUGAGCCCGGACACAGUCACCCGGUGCGGCCCCUCCUGACCCGGCUCUUCCCCCGGUUCCCCGGUCCGGCCGCCCCCGUGCUCAGGUAGAUCAGGGCUGUCAGUGCCCCCGCACCCCGGUGAUCCGCAGACUCCUCCCCGGUCCACCCCCGCCGCCCCCGCACUCAGGAGCUCCGGCGGCUGCCAUGUGAAGAGCUCCCGGUGGAGGAUGCGGGGUGCAGCGGCUGCCUGAUCUUCCGGUGCCCGGAGCCUCCAGGAUGGAGCUCAGUCUGUUCGGAUACAUCGAGGACCUGCAGGAGCUGGCGAUCAUCGAGCGGCCGGUGCGCCGGAGCCUGAAGACUCCUGAGGAAAUUGAAAGGCUGACGGUAGAUGAGGAGCUGAACGACAUAGAGAGGGCGGUGUACCUGCUCAGCUCCGGCCAAGAUAUCCAAGGAACGAGCGUUGUGGCUAAUUUGCCUGUGCUUAUCCGGCAGAAUCCCUCUGAGACGCUGAGAAGGGUGGUGCCAAAAAUCCGAGAGGUUCUCCAUGUUGCAGGAGUAGAGAUGCAGCUGACAGCAGCCUAUUCCUACCUAACCAUCCUACAAGAAGAGUCCGUCCCUGUCCAUUCCUAUUGCCUGUCCUUCCUACAGAUAAUCUUACAGAACCUGGAGCACAGAGAUAUAGGUGUAAGCAAUGCCUGGCUGGAGACCCUGCUUGCGGUUAUAGACGUCCUGCCGAAGGAGACCCUCCGACACGAGAUCCUCAAUCCUCUUGUAUCCAAAGCACAACUGUCUCAGACGUUACAGUCACGACUCACAAGCUGUAAAAUCCUAGGAAAACUUGCCAGCAAGUUCGAAGCUCAUAUAGUUAAACGCGACAUUCUCCCCCUAGUGGAAUCCUUGUGUCAGGACGUGGAGUAUGAAGUGCGCUCUUGUAUGUGUCGCCAGCUGGAGUUCAUAGCUCAGGGUAUAGGGGCAGAAUUAACAAAAGCCGCCAUUCUCCCGGAGCUGAUAGAACUGGCCAGAGAUGAGGGGAGCAGCGUGCGACUCGCUGCCUUCGAGACUUUGGUGAAUUUACUCUCCAUGUUUGAUCACGAUGACAGAAGUCAGAUCGUCCUCCCAAUGGUCAAGUCGUUUUGUGAGAAAUCCUUCAAAGCCGAUGAAUCCGUCCUCACGUCUCUGUCCCUGCACCUCGGAAAACUCUGCCACGGAUUACAAGGCCUCUUCACCCAGGAGCAGCACAUGUGGUUCCUGGAAUUCUAUAAGAAGUUGUGCAGGUUAGGACUCCACCAGGAGAACGGGCACAACGACAACCAGAUGGAGAACAUGGAGCUGGAGAAGAAGUACGCCACCGUGAGGAAACACUGCGCAUACAACUUCCCGGCCAUGGCUGUGUUUGUGGCGGCAAAAAACUUCCACAUAGACCUUUAUGCCACGUUUUUCUGCCUGUGCCACGACCCGGAUGUUCCCAUCAGAUACACCAUAGCUCUUGGCUUCUGUGAAGUCUGUAAGCUCUUGGGAUCUAAUGUGUAUUUAAUACAUAAGGAGCUGAUCACCUUACUACAAGAUGACUCCUUAGAGGUGGUGGAUGCUUUGUUAGAUCAUCUCCCGGAAACGCUGGAGCUGAUGACAAGUGGAGGAGAUAACUCAGGACUGGACAACAAGCUUAUGAUUGUACCCGACCUAGUGCCGGCGCUGACGUCAGCGGAGCAGAGAGUCGCCAACUCACUGAAGUGGAGAAGCCAUGAGAAACUCCUGCAGAAGUUCUCCUGCCUGCCACACAUUAUAUCUAGUGACCAGAUUUAUUACCGCUUCCUGCACCGAAUGUUCACCAUCAUCCUGACCAAUAAUGUCUUACCGGUCCAGAAGGCGGCGAGUCGGACCUUGUGCAUAUUUUUGCGCUAUAACCGCAAGCAAGAACAAAGGCAUGAGAUCAUCCAGAAGCUGGUGGAACAACUGGGCCAAGGUAAAAGCUACUGGAACAGACUGCGGUUCCUGGACACGUGUGAAUACAUCAUGGAGUUCUUCUCAAAGUCUUUCUUCUGUAAAUACUUUUACCUCUCUGUUCUGGAGUUGACGGGUGACCCUGUGGCCAAUGUCAGGAUGAAGGUUUGUCACAUGUUGCCAAAGCUGAAGUCGUCGCUGAAGAUGCCGGCGGAUAAACAUUUACUGCAGCAGAUGGAACUGUGUGUCAGGAAAUUACUGUGUCAGGAGAAAGACAAAGACGUGCUGUCCGUGGUGAAGAGGACUGUGAUGGAGCUGGAUCGGAUGGAUAUGCCUAUGGACGCUUACCAGAAACGCUUCUUUGAAAAGGAUUUACUGGACCAGGAGAAAGAGAGAGAAGAGCAUCUGCUGCUGGAGAUGGAACAAAUUGAAAAAGAGAAGCAGCAGAGCGAAUCUCGAUCCAGCAACGAGAAGAACUAUGAAAGGAAACGCAGAGACAGCAAAACCGGAUCAGCGUUGCCAAAAAGUCUCCCCACGGUGAUUUCCGGGUCAUCGGGUACACAGACAGUGAGCAGAGAAAGUAAGAAGAGUAAGCUGAUCCGGAGCCAGUCAUUCAGCAGCCAAGCCAUCCACCCCAAACACGGCUCCCUGGAGAAAGGCACCAAUAAAAGUAAUUCUGUGAUCGGAGUUGGGAAGAAUGUUCUCCUGCCCUUUGUCGAGGAUUCCCUUAAAGUCAGGACCGGCAGCGCCAGCUCCUCCAUGACCUUCUCCACUAUAACAGGAUCAUCUCGAGUUCCGGGAAACACAGGAGACCAGAAGACAAACGGCAGCAAAGAGGCGCAGUCUAGGAAGCUUAGCCUGAAAAACAGGAAAUCGAAAUCUUAGCUCCUCCAUAUGGUAAGAAGUAAACCAAAGAGUCACUGGCGCCACCAUGGAGGAAGAACCGGUGCCGCCCCAGUGGGCGUGUGGGCCCCUCGCUAUAUUAUGAUAUCUAUACUCUGUACUCUGGCCGAUCUGUAUCCAGGAGAGAGGAAAUCUGCUCCGCAACAUCCGUACUGCACGAUGGUCGCAACUCUUAACCAAUAGCCAUCCGGGACCGCUGCUUACCUCCCCCUCCCCCCACAUUAGCGUCCCGUAAACCUUAUAAUCUUAAAGGAGACAUGCGAUAUUUAUUAGAAGGACUCCUCAAGGGCCACAUCACCUGCUGCAGGCGCUGGAACCGCACAUCCACGAAACGCAAACUCAGACCGCGACUCGGGCUACACUUUUUUUUCUACAGUUCUCGUGUUCAGUUGUGUAAAUACUUGAGUUGAUAUUUUAGAGUAUUUUAAAUAGUUUCCCCCCCCCCCCCCCCCCAGUGACGACCAGUUCUGUCCGUUACUUCUGCUGCUGUAGAUGCUCCUCCCCCUUUGCGCCAAACAUUUCUGCUUGUAUGACCGUGACUGAGGAUACCGCCCCCCCCCCUCCCCCAAUGGAGCUAUUGUCAGCUUCUUCUUCUUUGUUUGCAAUGAGAUAAAAAAACAAAAUAUGUAAAUUAUCAAAGAGGUAUUUUUAUUAAUUGUAUGCAAAUUCUAAAAAAAACAAAAACAAAACAAAAAAAACGAAAGCAAAAAAAAAAAAAUACAUCAAUGGGGCCCUGGAUAUUUUUAGGUGUGCGCUUUAUACAAGGUCGAUAUGGUUUAGUGAGUCCUGAGAUGGCGCCGUGCAUGCAUGAUGAUUCCAAAUAAACAUGUUGCUAAAAAUC